UCUGGGAAGUGGCGGUCCGGAAUCUAGGCGACGGGGCGAGACGGGGCGAGACGGGGCCGGUAGGUGGCAGGAAGGGGCUGGGCCGGAGCUGGCGGGAGGGCCAGGCCCCGAGGCCCCCGCCCUGGCUUGCCCGCCCCGGCCGCGGAGGAGAAAACGGAGGAUGAUCUCCAGAUACACUCGGAAGGCCGUGCCACAGAGCGUGGAGCUGUGCUGGAAUUAAAGGUGUGCACCACCACCGCCUGGCUGGUACAAGGAAUUAAUCAUCACCUUUGAUCACCAAACCAUCCUAGCAGGAAAGGAAAGGAAUAACAAAGCAUGCUCUUAACCAUCAUCCCCUUCCAGAGCAACUGGAUGACAUUUCCUCUACCAAUGACGGCCAUGAAAAAGAUACAAGUUCUCAAAGUGAGUCUGACAUCACCCAAGAAUCACCGUUUACAUCAACUGACACCGGGAACUCGCGUUCUGCUUUUCCAAGCUAUGCAGGCACAGGGAUCUCUACAGAAGGCAGCUCCGACUUCUCUUGGGGAUAUGGUGAACUUGACCAAAAUGCCACUGAGAAAGUGCAGGCCAUGUUCACCGCCAUCGAUGAGCUCCUGUACGAGCAGAAGCCGAGUGUGCACACACAGAGUCUGCAGAAAGAGUGCCAGCAGUGGGCAUCCAGCUUUCCUCACCUCAGGUACCAGACAAGGCUACAGUCUAGACUGUGGGCAUCUCAGAUCUGGAAUUCUGAACAUGAUUCUAGGUAGGCAGAUAAUCACUCCAAGUGAAGGCUAUGGAUUGUACCCUCGAUCACCUUCUGCUGUGUCAACUUCACAUGAAGCAACCUUGUCUCAAGAGAGAGACUCUACCAUAUUUGGUAUAAGGGGAAAGAAGUUACAUUUUUCAUCUUCUUAUGCUCAUAAAGCAUCUCCCAGCACUAAACCCUCUGGCUUGUCCACUGCGGAAGGGGGAGAGGUGGACUGUAUAAUCUUUUCUGAAGGAAUAAUUGAGGAGUACCUGGCUUUCGACCACACAGAUACGGAAGAGGGAUUUCAUGGAAACAAAUCAGAAGCAGCUACAGAGAAACAGAAAUUAGGGUACCCUCCCAUUGCUCCAUUUUACUGCAUGAAAGAGGAUGUCCUUGCUUAUGUUUUUGACAGCGUGUGGAGCAAGGUUGUGGGCUGUAUGGAGCAGUUGACACGUAGUCACUGGGAGGGAUUUGCUUCUGAUGAUGAGAGUAACAUUGAAAUUACCAGACUGGAUUCGGCAAGUCCCUGUGUGCUGAAUGAACAGCAUCCCUUGGUUUUACCUCGAGUGCCGCAGUCUAAGGUGCUGUCCAUCACCUCAAAUCCGAUGAGUUUCUGUCAAGCAAGUGGUCACCAGCCAAACGUGAAUGGCCUCUUGGUUCACGGGAUGCCUCUACAGCCAAGGAACCUCUCCCUGAUGGAUAAGCUCCUAGAUCUUGAUGACAAGCUACUUAUGAGGCCUGGCUCCAGUUCCGUCCUUUCAAACCGAAAUUGGCCAAACCGAGCCCUGGACCUUAGUACGUCAUCAUUGUCAUAUACAGCACAGUCCGCCAGGAGACGCAACCCCCCACCACGCACCCUUCAUCCGAUCAGCACAAGCCACUCACGUGCUGGGACGCCAUGGCCGGCAGAAGAAAUCCUCAGAGGAUCCCGAGUUCCAGCGACUGCAGACACGCUGUCUUCUCCCUCACCGAUGCCCCUGGGUCGGAACAAUCUGCUGCCACCUAUUGGAACAGCUGAAGUAGAACGUCUGAGCAACAUGGGGUCGCAGCGGCCAACAAAAGCCCAUGGUGACUCCAGCAGAGCUCGCAGUGCAGUGGUGGACGAGCCAAACCAGCAGCCCCAAGAGAGGCUCCUUUUACCUGUCUUCUCUAGACCCAACACAACUCAGUCAUUUUUGGUCCUCAGUCACAUGGGUCUACAAAACCUCAAAGCAGAGGUGGACCCAUCUCUAGAACCAGGCAGUGACCAAAGGGCAAGUGAGAACCCGCAAGGCUGCAGCAGACUGCGAACACAUGGAGGGCUUCAUGCACCAGUGCUCAGGCACCAGAUAAUGCACAGCUCCUACAGACAGCAGCUUGGUCCAUCUUCAAGGGUUAUCUUGGUACAAUUGUCUGAGAAACACUAGCGUAUCUGCCAAAGAGUGCAUGGGCAAAUGUUCCGUGUCCAGUUACUGUCUUCUUUCAGCUAUUCCACUGGGUAGGAAAGACUGUACCCAAAGACGUGACAAUGAAAAACAGCCCCAAAUCACUGCUCAUGUUGUCUGUAACCAAUCACCAGUCUAAUUCGUAUACAGUUCAGUGAGAUUCCAUACACACGGAUGAUUCAGAUCACUGGCUUCAGAAUAUUUCUACUUAUAUUAAUUUCUGGAGAACUGCACUAUUUUACCAUAUUUUUAGAAGAAAGUGCUGCCAAAAAUCUGAGAUACUCAUCAAAUAAAUGU